AUGAAUAGACUUACGACGCAAAGUUGCUCGGUUCAUCCCGUACUUUGUAUUACUGAAACAAAGAGCACUCUCUUGGUCUGCAUCAAGAAACUCUUCAAGUGCCACCCUUUCGCAAACAAGAAAGCACUUCAGAAAUUAGAGGCAACAAAAAUAAGCAAUGUUUAUGCAGGAAAACUUGCAACAAUUACAAAUGAUUUUGCAACUCUGUGUUUGUGGCUAGUUGGUCAAUUACAUUAUGAAGAUGAAAACAGUUACAAGAAUAUUCAGUAG